AUGGCCUCCUCGACGACAACUGGAGACAGCCGCACGGAAGACCCGGCCUCGCAAGCCCUCGUCACGACCACGCCGGACUUGGACGGGCUUGUCCCCGACAGCCCAGCUCCAGCGACAUGGAUGCAAGCCUGGGAUUCCACCUACCAGACAUACUAUUGGCACAACCCGGCCCUUGGCCAGUCGACCUGGACCAACCCGUCCGCUCCCUCGCCCUCGUCAACCGCAGCUGUUGCACUCACGGCCUCAACAGAUCAACGUUCCGAUCCGGCUGUGUAUCCGCAUGUUGACGACAAUGCCGCAGAACCGGCUGUCGAGCCAUCAUCGGCGUGGUACUUUCAUUCGCAAGACGCCGACGGCACCGAUGAUACCGCCACCGACACCUAUACCGGCCACGCUGCGUACAACCCGUAUACCACAGGCGAAGCGUAUGCCUCCUACGAUGAAUACUAUGCACAGGCGCACUAUGAUCCCGAGGGGCAUCUUGCACAUCCGCAGGUCGCUCAAGAUUCCGACAACACUUUCGACGCCCUCCUUGACAAAAUCGACCGGAAUGCGCGGCAGCUCGACGUUGCCCUCGGGGUCACCCACUCACCCAGGGCCGACGAAAGCGUGCGUAUGGACGCCACCACGGUCGCAAGUGCCAGUGGAAGUGCUGAUGAAAGCGGCGAUGUUGAUGGGGCUGCCCCCUGGACAAUACCUGUCGAACCCACCGCCAGCGUCGAUCCUGCUUGGCUUUAUCCGACACAGGCCUCGUCGUAUGGACAGCAAGCCGAAGCCAAAGCCGAAGCCGCUUACUCAUCGGGAUGGUGGCCGGCAUCAUCUUAUGAGACUCUGUCGCAUGACGGUGGCCAGGGCAAUGCGUCACAGCAGAACUACUCCGCCGACUACCACCACCCGAAUGCCAAGGGCCUGCGCCAACUCGGUCACUACUUUGACCACGAGCAAUAUCAGCUGGAGCAGACACUCAAACACCAGCUCGAAGGCAGCGACUCGGAUGCGCAGAAGAAACAGCGUCGUCUCAGCCGAAAGGAGGUCCUGGACUUCAAGGAGCAGCGAAAGAUGCGCAAGCUGCAAGCCCUGCGCAAAAAGUAUGCUGACUGA